AUGAAUUUUGUUCAGCAGUUGUACCAUUCUUUCAGUUUUUAUCUGACUCUCUCCGCACUCGGUUCAACCGGAUUUUUCUCUCUUUUCACUUUUUUCCCAUCCAAAAAAUCUCUCGUGUUCUGCUCUGAUCUCGUGAAAGUGAAAGUGAGUGCAUUCUACACGUUCAUCCGCCUCCUUCAGUUUUGGCCAGUUGGUGUUGGUCAGCCGCCAACUUGGUCGAGCGAAUUUUGGGUUGGGCUUUGCUGGUCAGCAUCCUCCUCCAUCCAGUCCGAGAGGAUCUCUUCUUCUUCUACCAAGGUGCUGCAUGGAAGGACCAUUAUUGGUCAAACUGAAGCUCGUUAUGCAAAUUCUGACGGCGAAAAUGGUUAUUUUGACCGUAAUCAACGUCCCAAAAGUUGCAACGAGUGCAAUUGUGGGGCCAAUUACCAACCUUUUUGUGGGUCCAAUGGAGUAACGUACUCAAAUCUUUGCAGCCUCGAAUGCGCAGAGAAUUGCAAUCCAGGGCUCCGGAUUAAAUUCGAAGGAGUCUGUCCGGUUCCGUACAACUGGAGAGAGGAGAAAGUCCAUCACCACCAAAAGGGAGAGCGUCGUCCAGUAAAAUCACCAGCUUUUUAUGAAAAUAACUUCCCCACGACAAGACGACCCUUUUUUCCCCCAAGCACGCCCGCCCCUGCUCCUCCUCCUACUCGUAGGACUACCCUGCGAUCGCCAACAUUCAAACCAACCGUUAACCCAAAUUUGGGUAAUGACCGAUGUAUUGGUUGUGCUUGUACUUAUGACUACACCCCCAUUUGUGCUAGUGAUGGCGUAAUUUAUGGCAACGAGUGUCAAUUCAGAUGUGCAAAAAAUUGUUAUCCAGGUCUAACUCGUCAACCACCAACCCAAUGUUGGGAGUGGGCAGAAUCACCAACAACUUCGCAAAGGACAUUUGUUCCCCGUCCGACAACGAUUCCACGCAGAUAUCGCCAAUAUGGAUAAGAUUAUAGAUUUUGGGGGGCUGUUGGAUAAUCUAAACUAUAAACUAAGUGUCCAGUCUUUGCAUAUUUUUUAAAUGGGGUGCCAACCGCAUAUUUAUAACCAAAACUUAAUUUUAAUGCAAUAAAUUACACCUGCUAACGCUUGAAACAAGAAAUACUAUACAA